AUGAUCGACGGACUGCUGUCACUCGUGAGAAUCCUCUUUGAUUUCGAUGUCUCUGCCCGGCUUGAAACUAGCUUCGCUUCUAGAAACGACGAUAACACGGCGCCGGGCGAGAACAAUAUCGUGGACAAAUGUUCCAACAUGCUGUGCCUCAGCCCGGAGUUGCGUCGGUCCUGGGAGAGGGGACUUUUUGGUCUAGAGCCCGUGGGCCACUGCCGAAGGCUGAAGGGCUCUGAGGACUCUUGGGAAGUCAUGGACGCGAAGCUCAGUGAACUCGAUCUUGAUGGCACUGGUAGCGAGGAGGACGAGACAAUCGAUGCAAAGCUGUCGUCGAUAUUCACCUCUGCCUCCGACACGGAACCAGUCACGACGCACAAUGUUUCCAGCAAACAGUCAAGUAAAGUCGGCAUGGACCUCGACAACGACUCCGAGAAGCCGCGGACAGAUGAGAAGGGCAAAGUGCCCGAAACAUUCAGCAAGGGACGCCCGCUUCUCAAGCAGGACAUUGACGAUGGGUCCGAGUACGGCAUCGUGCUCCGCUUCCAUUGGCUACCUGCCACGACCCUGACCAGCCUUAACGCGGAGAGCCCCCCCUUGGACACGAAUCCACGCGACAUACAGGCACCCCUCGACAACUCCAAGUCGAAACACCAUGCAUUUUCAGGUCGUCCGGUUACCAACGGACGUAUCAUCAGGAUCUGGGCAAAGACCCCGGAUGAACUACCCAAUUGGGACGCGUUGCAACUUCAGUGGUUUGCUCUCAGGGUUCUCCGCUUGGGAGGAGAUGUUGACCCUGAGAUCUACAACCCCCACUGGACUGACAACGACGAGAACUUCUCUCGUCGAGUUGUAAACGACAGAGAAGGCCUCAGGCAAGAGCUGUUUAUGGAGAUGGUCUUAUCCACGAGUGGGCAGAUGCGUCAGUGUUGGGAGAAGGGACUGUUUACCUUUGAGCCCGUGGGUUACUGCCGGCGAAGCAAGGUUGCUGGAGAAGUCUCUGAGCUUUCUUCGAUCGUCGCCUCAACCAGCAUCUCCGACUCAACUGCAACGACAGCGCAUACCGAUAGCAUGCCAUCGACUCAAGAGGCCACUGUCAAAGCCAGGACGCCAGACGCGAACGAUGACGAGGCGUCGGAUCUUUUCAACGAGGGACGGCGACUACAGGAGAGUGACAUCGAUGCUGGAAAAGAGUACGGAAUCGUCCUUCGUGUUCGAUGGCUUCUCAAAACGACGACCUUGUCAAGCUUGAUGGACUCGGCACCUCCCCUGGACACUGACCCGCGAGACCUACAGGAAUCUUGGGAGGAGCUUUACGAAGAGUUGGAAGGCCUUUCAGUCCUUCCCAAGAAUGGCGAGCUAAUUCGGAUCUGGGCCCAAGACCCCCAAGAGCUUCCCAACUGGACAGCUCUGGAGCUGCGAUGGACCGCACUCCGAAUUCAUUGCCUUUCUGGGAGAGCCAACCCUGAGAAGUAUAACCCGGGUUUUAGUGACGUUGAUGAACAGUUCUGGAUAGACUUGGCGGAUUAUCUUUACGUCAAGGACAACAAAGUUGCUUUCGAGCAGCUUCAGGCUAGGAUGGAUGCCUAUGUAUAUCCAGAUUGA